AUGGCCGACCAAGUUGAGAGCCUCAUCGAGCUCCCCAAGGAGUUCAUCAAGGACGGCGUCCAGUUCAUCAACAAGUGCCAGAAGCCCGACCGCAAGGAAUUCAUCAAGAUCUCCCAGGCUAUUGCCGUUGGUUUCUUGACCAUGGGCACUGUUGGCUACGUCGUCAAGCUGAUCCACAUCCCCAUCAACAACAUCCUCGUCGGUGCUGCUUAA